CCUCCUCGGUGAACAAAACCAGACUUGAGGAGAUCUCACAACUAUCGCGAGUUCUAGCUCUGUGUAAACUGAAAACUCCUGUCAUAAGUCGGCGGGAAGGUCAAGAUGCAGUUGAUAUCAUUGACGGUAGCUGUCCUUGUGUCUGUGUUGCUCCAUGGCCUGUCACUGUCAAGUGCAACCAAGCAAAAUUCAAAGCCACACAUCAUAUUUAUUGUUGCUGAUGAUUUGGGUUGGGAUGAUGUGAGUUUUCAUGGCUCAGAGCAGAUCCCAACACCAAACCUGGAUGGACUGGCCAACAGUGGAAUAAUUCUCAAUAAUUAUUACGUUCAGCACAUAUGCACACCAACAAGAAGUGCUAUAAUGACAGGCCGAUAUCCGAUCCAUACAGGCAUGCAGCACAGUGUGAUUCAAGCUGCCCAGCCCUAUGGACUUGGGUUGAAUGAGACCCUUUUGCCACAGUACUUAAAACAGCUUGGAUAUGCCACACAUGCAGUAGGGAAGUGGCACCUUGGUUUCUUCAAAACAGAAUAUACUCCCACAAAGCGAGGAUUUGAUUCUUUCUUUGGUUACUGGUGUGGAAAAGGAGAUUAUUGGGACCAUUCGAACCAUGAAAUAUUCGGCUGGGGAUUGGACCUUCGUGAUAACCUCGAGCCUGCCUUCACUGACUGGGGCAAUUACAGUACCGACCUCUUCACAACGAAAGCCAUCGAUGUUAUCCAGAAGCACGACCCUUCUCAGCCGUUAUUUUUGUAUCUUCCAUACCAAGCAGUCCACAGUGCGAAUUACAUUCAGCCAUUGCAAGCGCCACCAUCUACAAUCAAGAAUUUUUCCAACAUUGAGGACGGAAACAGAAGAAUAUUUGCUGCGAUGGUGUCAUCUCUCGAUCAGGGUGUUGGAAAGGUCAUUGAUGCGCUCCAAACCCAGGGAUUGUACAACAAUUCACUGAUCGUGUUUACAACAGAUAAUGGCGGUCCUGCGGCAGGUUUUGACAUGAAUUCAGCCUGUAACUUUCCUCUCAGAGGGGUCAAAGCAACAUUAUGGGAAGGAGGUGUUCGUGGCGCGGGUUUCGUACACAGUCCUCUGCUGUCCACGAAAGGCCGAGUAAGCAUGGAAAUGAUGCACGAGGCCGACUGGCUUCCCACACUGUAUAGUGUAGCAGGAGGUGACAUUCAUGAUUUGGGUGAUUUGGAUGGCUUUGAUAUGUGGGACACUCUCUCUAAGGCUACCGAAUCACCUCGGAAGGAAAUUCUUCACAAUAUCGAUCCUAAGAGUGGAUAUUCAGCCCUGAGGUUUGGCGACUGGAAACUUAUUGUCAAUGCAAGUACGAGAAGUCAAUCGUGGAGCGGAUGGUAUGCUCCCCCAGGACUGGACAAUGCAAUCCGAGGUGCUGCAUUGAAGAAUGCUGUUGUCACGUGCGGUAAGCCACCCAGCUCCCCCUCGGAGUGCACAAGGGAGUCGGGCCCUUGCUUGUUUAACGUUGCAGAUGAUCCUUGUGAGUACGUAGAUCUUGCUAAAAAUGAGACGGAAAUGGUAGAUAGUAUGUUGAAGCGGCUAGAAGAAUUUAAAUAGACCAUGGUGCCACCAAGAAAUCAACCGCUUGACCCUAAAGCAAAUCCUGACAACUUCGGUGGAGUGUGGAGUCCUUGGAUGGAUUGAGGAUAGAGUAAUGUAGAACAGGGAGGGACGUUGGUAGGGUGGGGGGGUUGAGUUUAAAUUCACGCUUUCCCCUCCCCCCUGAGUCCUCAACAAGAGUGGUUACGUUACAGUUAUUUUUGAAAAUAUUUUUAUAAUUAAGCAACCGAUCAUGUUAUUGCAGGAGUGAUCUGAACGUGAAUUCUCUCUAAAAUUUAAAGAUAAUGUACAGCAAACAAGUUAUAAGCAUGAACUUCAUCAACUGCAGGAAACAUUGCCUUUUCUCAGAAAUACAAAUAGUUAGAAAAAUCACCUCCAUUUUUAAAGGUCUAACGGUAGAUUUCGUGCUACAAUGAGAACGUCAAACGGAGGGUAUAACUUGAAAUAAAAAAAAAAAUUAAGAAGUAAAAACAAGCAUGGAUGAAUGAAACGAGAAUCAUGGGCUGAAAGGUUUGCACGAUAAAAUAAAACCUGUAUUAAGCGGACUGCUUAUGUAACUAGUCGCGCCCGAGUUUAUUUUGCUUAAAUUGGAGGGUUUUUUGCCUUCUAUUAAACGAUAUUUCCUUUGGAA